AUGAGAAGAUCAGUUAAGGUUACUACAGGAAUGUGCCACACCUUAAUUAAGUUUACUGAAAGUGAUAAGCCAGGUCCACCAUAUGAAGUAAGUGCUUCCCCCACCAAUCUUCGAUGCAAUAUGGUGAAUUGUGAAGAGUGGAACUAUAACACCCGAGCAAAAGCUAUAUUGCAAGUUACUGAUGAGGAAAAUGGGGUUACAAUUGCUAAACCCAGCGAAGGAUCAGAUGAUAAAGAAAGGCCAGAUAUGUUGUUAAUUGGCAAGACAACGACUACCUCAGUAGUGGCAAUUUGGUGCAAGGAUAGACAAAAACUUAUGUUUUGUAUCAUUUGUACUUUGGCAGGUAUGCAGCAUGUGGUUUUCCUCAGCAACGUCGGUGCUGAAGUACUAAAAGCUUACUAGGUACUUAUUUUUUCCUAUAACUUGUUUUCUCUAUAUUUGUGGACUUUAAGAUAAACUUUGUUGCGUUCAAGGAAUACUGCACAAGGCAUGUUGAUGUGUCACCUGCAAAACAAUUCAUUCCUCUAACGCUGCCGGUCUUCUUCCGCUUUCCUCUCAUUAUAGAAUGUGUAUUCCUGAAGUAUUUGCGUAGUUUAAUUACAAUGUGACGAGAGAGAGAGAGAGAGAGAGACUACAUUCUUCAAGAUAUUUGAAUGUUCCCCACAUUCACAGAGGACUUUGGAGAAACUGAUGGUUGGUACGGUAUCUGUUUGUUUCGAGUUGCAGAGAUGUAUUUCAUUUCAUGGAAAAUAGGUUCUAAUAUUUUUGUCAACUUGGGAAAAAAGGCUUUUGAGUUAUGACAAUAAAGCUUUAUGGAGUGGUCAAAUUUCAAAAGGGAUGGUGCUUCUUUUGUCCAUUAUGUAAACGGGUUUUCUCAUUGAAAAUGAAGAAUGUACGAUUUCACAAUAUUGUAC